AAUAUGUCUGGUCAAUUAUGGUUGGCCCUCGUGGAUGCUGCCGAUAUGGUAGGAUUCACUCUCACGAUCUCCAUCAACAUCAUUCUACUGGGGCUGAUUAGAACACGUGGAAAAACGUUGGGAACGUACAAAUACUUGAUGAGCUUCUUCUCGUUCUUCUCAAUCUUUUAUGCAAUCGUUGAAUCUAUUUUGAGACCAAUAAUGCAUAUCGAAAACACGACGUUCUUUCUGAUUUCUCGGAAACGCUUCGAUUACUCAACUCGCCUUGGUAAAAUCAACUCUGCUUUCUACUGUGCUUGUUUUGCCACGAGUUUUGUCCUGUCUGCGGUACACUUUGUGUAUCGGUACUUUGCCGCUUGCAAACCGAAUCUGCUACGCUUGUUUAACCUUCCGCAUCUUUUACUGUGGCCUUUGAUGUGUUCGAUUCCUGUGACUGCGUGGGCAAGUGUUUCUUACUUUUUGUACCCAGACACCGAGUACACUGAAGCAGCAGUUACAUAUGUUCUGAAAACACACUACGAGGUGAUCAAAAAAGAAAAUGUAUCUUAUAUCGCAUACGUAUACUAUCAAUAUGAAAAUGGGGAGCGUCACAUCUACAUAAAAAAUUUGCUUGGCUGCUUUGUACACUACUUCGUUAUGUCAAUGACAUUUGUAGUUGUGUUUUACUGCGGAUUUUCUACAUGGUGGACGAUUCGUGAGCAUCGUGGAGCAUCUGAUAGGACACGUCACCUGCAUAGACAAUUGUUUAAGGCACUUGUAUUUCAAACCCUUGUUCCAUCAAUAUUUAUGUACAUCCCAACUGGUGUCAUGUUCAUCGCUCCCUUUUUCGACAUCAACCUGAAUGCCAAUGCAAACUUCAUCGUUUUUUGCUCAUUUCUCUAUCCAGGUCUUGACCCACUAAUUCUCAUUUUUAUCAUUCGCGAAUUCAGGGUCACUAUUUUGAAUAUCAUCAGAGGAAAUGAGCGGGGAAAUGCUGUUGGCGAAGCAUACUCAACUUCUCGAAUAAAAUCAUCACAACCUGCAGCUGUUAAUCUUUCUGGAUAA